UCAUCAAGACCGAGCGAGUGGUUGAUCAAUGGCAUCACAAUCUGAUCACAAGGCUACGAUAAUCGAUGGGAAAGCUAUAGCUCAGACCAUCCGAAAUGAGAUUGCGGAGGAAGUUCGUCAUCUGUCCCAGAAAUACGGCAAGGUUCCGGGACUGGCAGUGGUGAUAGUUGGGACCCGGAAGGACUCCCAAAGCUAUGUGAGCAUGAAGCGAAAGGCGUGCGCUGAAGUUGGGAUCAAAUCUGUGGACAUUGACCUCCCGGAGAAUGUGUCCCAAGACGACCUCAUUGCCAAAGUUCACGAAUUGAAUGCUACUGCCGAUGUACAUGGUAUACUAGUUCAGCUCCCAUUGCCAAACCAUAUUAAUGAGGAGAAAGUGUUGAGUGAAAUCAGCAUCGAGAAGGAUGUCGAUGGCUUUCAUCCUCUCAACAUCGGCAAACUUGCAAUGAAAGGCAGAGAACCUCUGUUCCUUCCUUGCACUCCCAAGGGAUGUCUUGAACUUCUGUCGCGAAGUGGGAUAAGCAUAAAGGGGAAGAAAGCAGUGGUUGUUGGCAGAAGUAACAUUGUUGGAUUACCAGUUUCAUUGCUUCUUUUGAAAGCAGAUGCUACUGUUACUGUAGUCCAUUCCUGCACACCUGAUCCAGAGAGUUUCAUUCGUGAAGCGGACAUUAUUAUUGCUGCAGCAGGACAGGCAAUGAUGAUCAAGGGUAGUUGGAUAAAACCAGGUGCUGCUGUCAUUGAUGUCGGCACAAAUGCUAUAGACGAUCCGAGUAGAAAGUCAGGCUAUAGAUUGGUUGGAGAUGUAGAUUUCCAGGAAGCAUGUAAGGUAGCCGGAUGGGUAACUCCUGUUCCUGGUGGCGUCGGACCAAUGACGGUGGCAAUGUUGCUCAAGAACACUUUGGAUGGUGCUAAGCAUGCUAUUGCUCAAUAAAGCCCCCCCUUGUCCUUUGAUCUCUUCAUAAUAAGCUGCAGCUAAUUCCAGAACAAAGUUUUGCAAUAAAUUUUGAUUUUUAUGCAUGUAAUUUAGAAAUUUUACUUUUUAUUUAUAAGCCUCUGUAAUUUCGCUCCCAGUUUUAACUGAUCUUGAGCCGUUUCAUGCUAUGUUUGUAUGAAGAGUUAAUGGGAGAUAUUAUUCUGACGUGUAAUAAUAGGGAAAUCAACUUUUUAAAUGAUAUUUUGUAAACUAUAUGACGAGUUGUUGAUGAUUUGAUUAUUAUUUAA